CUUCCCGGUCGCGGGCCCAGGUCGGUAGCGCCGGCGCAGUGGCGCGCUCCGUUUACACGCUCCGGGGCCUGUAGGCGCCGCGAGUUCCGGCUGUCGCCGUCGCCGCCGCAGCUCCUGGAGGUCGGUUGCGACGAGUAACGGCGCCGGGACGAGCCCUGCGCCGCCUUCAACGAUAUGUACCCGAACUGGGGCCGGUAUGGCGGGAGCAGCCACUAUCCGCCGCCGCCGGUCCCGCCGCCGCCACCGCCGGUGGCGCUUCCUGAGGCCUCGCCGGGGCCCGGGUACUCGAGCUCGACGACUCCCGCGGCCCCCUCCUCCUCGGGCUUCAUGAGCUUCCGCGAGCAGCACCUGGCGCAGCUCCAGCAGCUGCAGCAGAUGCACCAGAAGCAAAUGCAGUGCGUGCUCCAGCCCCAUCACCUUCCUCCACCGCCCCUGCCGCCCCCGCCGGUGAUGCCGGGGGGCGGCUAUGGGGACUGGCAGCCACCGCCGCCACCGAUGCCCCCGCCACCUGGGCCGGCCCUCAGCUAUCAGAAGCAGCAGCAGUACAAACACCAGAUGCUCCACCACCAACGAGAUGGGUCUCCUGGUUUGGUUCCCAUGGAGCUGGAUUCCCCCCCUGAAUCUCCCCCUGUACCGCCGGGGUCCUAUAUGCCCCCGUCUCAGUCUUACAUGCCCCCACCUCAGCCGCCACCCUCGUACUACCCCCCGGCCUCGUCUCAGCCGUACCUGCCUCCCGCUCAGCCGUCCCCUUCUCAGUCCCCACCUUCCCAAUCCUAUCUGGCGCCCACCCCUUCUUAUUCUUCCUCUUCCUCCUCCUCGCAAUCCUAUUUGAGCCAUUCCCAGUCCUACUUGCCCCCUUCUCAGGCAUCUCCUUCCCGCCCCUCCCAGGGCCAUUCUAAAUCCCAACUACUAGCUCCACCACCACCGUCCGCCCCUUCUGGGAAUAAGACAACUGUCCAGCAAGAGCCUUUGGAGAGUGGGGCCAAGAACAAGAGUGCUGAACAGCAAGCUGCCCCAGAGCCAGAUCCCUCAACAAUGACUCCACAGGAACAGCAGCAGUAUUGGUAUCGGCAGCACCUGCUUAGUUUGCAGCAGAGGACAAAAGUGCAUUUGCCAGGACACAAAAAAGGUCCUGUCAUAGCAAAGGAUGCACCCGAGCCGGUAAAAGAAGAAGUUACAGUACCUGCCACCAGUCAAGUACCAGAACCCUCUUCAUCUGAGGAGCCCCCGUUACCACCACCUAAUGAGGAGGUACCACCUCCUCUCCCACCUGAGGAACCCCAGUCCGAAGACCCGGAGGAAGAUGCUAGGUUAAAACAGUUGCAGGCGGCGGCAGCACACUGGCAGCAGCACCAGCAGCACCGAGUUGGCUUCCAGUAUCAGGGCAUAAUGCAGAAACACACUCAGCUGCAGCAGAUCCUCCAGCAGUACCAGCAGAUUAUACAGCAGCCGCCACAUAUGCAGACCAUGUCUGUAGACGUGCAGCUGCGGCAUUAUGAGAUGCAGCAGCAACAGUUUCAACAUCUCUACCAAGAAUGGGAGCGGGAGUUUCAGCUGUGGGAGGAGCAGCUCCAUUCUUAUCCUCAUAAAGAUCAGCUUCAGGAGUAUGAGAAGCAGUGGAAAACAUGGCAGGGACAUAUGAAAGCGACUCAGACCUAUCUCCAGGAGAAAGUCAAUUCAUUUCAGAACAUGAAGAACCAGUAUAUGGGGAACAUGUCAAUGCCACCUCCUUUCGUUCCGUAUUCUCAGAUGCCUCCACCUCUACCAACAAUGCCCCCUCCGGUACUGCCUCCAUCGUUGCCCCCACCAGUGAUGCCCCCUGCCCUGCCUGCUUCAGUGCCACCGCCUGGCAUGCCCCCACCUGUGAUGCCACCUUCUCUGCCAACCUCUGUGCCCCCACCUGUGAUGCCUCCAUCUCUGUCCUCUACAGGGCCACCGCCCGUUCUUCCCCCGCCUUCCCUCUCUUCUGCGGGGCCACCGCCCGUUCUUCCCCCACCGGCUCUCUCCUCAACGGCACCUCCGCCUGUCCUGCCCCUCCCACCAUUGUCUUUAGCCACACCUCCUCCAGGAUUACCUCCCCCGGGGGUCCCUCAAGGGAUACCUCCUCAGUUAGCAACAGCCCCAAUCCCACCAGCCUCUAGUUCUCAGAGUUCACAGGUUCCAGAGAAACCUAGACCAGCACUGCUUCCCACUCCUGUGUCUUUUGGUUCAGGCCCACCCUCAACCUACCAUCCUCCAUUGCAAUCAGCUGUUAGCCCAUCCGAACAAGUGAAUUCUAAAACCCCUCUGAGCAAGUCUACUCUGCCAUAUAGUUCAUUCUCAUCUGAGCAAGGACUUGGGGAGUCUUCAGCUGCUCCAUCUCAGCCAAUCACUGGAGUCAAGGACAUGCCAGUGAGGUCAGGUGGACUGCUUCCAGAUCCUCCUAGAAGCAGUUACUUGGAAGGCCCAAGAGGCCCAAGAUUUGAUGGUCCUCGAAGAUUUGAGGAUUUAGGGUCAAGGUGUGAAGGACCGAGACCCAAAGGGCCUCGUUUUGAAGGAAAUCGCCCCGAUGGGCCAAGACCCAGAUAUGAAGGUCACCCAACAGAGGGCACUAAAAGCAAAUGGGGAAUGAUUCCCCGGGGGCCAGCAUCUCAGUUUUAUAUUACCCCCAAUACAUCCCUCAGUCCUCGACAGAGUGGACCACAGUGGAAAGGCCCCAAGCCAGCUUUUGGACAGCAACAUCAGCAGCAACCUAAAUCACAAGCAGAACCUCUUUCAGGAAACAAAGAACAAUUAGCAGACACCAAUAGUAACCAGCAGAAGAAUUUUAAAAUGCAGUCAGCUACAUUUUCCAUUGCUACAGAUAUAAAGGAUGCCAAGGCGGCUCAGUCAAAUGAGAAUCUAAGCGACUCUCAACAAGAGCCACCUAAAAGCGAAGUCUCGGAAGGGCCCAUAGAGCCUUCUAAUUGGGACCAGAAUUCUCAAAGUAUGGAGACUCAAAUGGACAAAGCCCAAGCUGUUACUCAGCCUGUAUCCCUUGCAAAUAAACCUCUACCUUCUCAAUCUGCUUUUCCCUCAAAACCAGGGGGGAUGGAGGGAGGAGCAGCAGUGACAACGUCAUCAUCAUUAACUGCAGAUAAUGAUUUUAAACCUUUGGGUAUCGGUCUGCCCCAUUCAGAAAACAGCCAAGAGAAAGGGCUGCCUCGGCCAGAUAAUAGAGAUAAUAGGUUAGAAGGCAAUCGAGGCAGCAGCUCAUCUUACAGAGGUCCUGGGCAAAGCAGAAUGGAAGACACACGGGAUAAAGGACUAGUAAAUAGAGGUCGAGGCCAGGCACUCAGCCGUGGCCCGGGGUUGGUCAAGCAAGAAGACUUUCGUGAUAAGAUGAUGGGUAGAAGAGAAGACAGUCGAGAGAAGAUGAAUAGAGGAGAAGGCAGUCGAGACAGAGGGUUGAUGAGGCCAGGAGGCAGUCGGGAGAAAGUGCCGGGUGGUCUGCAAGGCAGCCAGGACAGGGGUAGAGCUGGCAGCCGAGAAAGGGGACUACCUCGGAGGGCUGGCAGUCAGGAGAGAGGACCUCCUCGAAGGGCUGGGAGUAGGGAGAGAGUACCACCACGAAGAGCCGGGAGUAGGGAGAGGGGACCACCUAGAGGGCCUGGCAGUAGGGAAAGGGGACUGGGAAGACCAGAUUUUGGUCGUGACAGAGGUCCAUUUAGACCAGAACCAGGAGAUGGUGGGGAAAAAAUGUAUCCAUAUCACCGAGAUGAGCCUCCUAGGGCUCCAUGGAACCAUGGAGAAGAGAGAGGGCAUGAAGAGUUCCCAUUAGAUGGUAGAAAUGCUCCAAUGGAACGAGAAAGACUUGAUGAUUGGGAUAGAGAAAGAUACUGGAGAGAAUGUGAACGUGACUAUCAAGAAGAUACACUAGAUCCAUAUAACAGAGAGGACAGGUUCUCAGCACCACCAUCUCGAUCUCAUGAUGGAGAUAGACGAGGCCCUUGGUGGGAUGAUUGGGAGAGAGAUCAGGAUAUGGAUGAGGACUACAACAGGGAAAUGGACAGGGACUUGGACAGGGAUGUGGAUCGGAUUGGAAGACCCAUGGAUAUGUAUGAUAGAAAUUUGGAUAAUGAGUGGGACAGAGAUUAUGGGAGACCACUGGAUGAACAAGAAUCACAGUUUCGUGAACGGGAUAUUCCAUCUCUUCCACCUUUACCACCCCUCCCACCUCUUCCACCUUUGGAUAGAUAUCGGGAUGAUAGAUGGAGAGAAGAAAGAAAUCGAGACCAUGGGUAUGAUCGAGAUUUUCGUGAUAGGGGUGAGUUGAGAAUCCGAGAGUAUCCAGAAAGAGGAGAUACAUGGCGGGAAAAGCGAGAUUAUAUCCCUGACAGAAUGGACUGGGAAAGAGAACGGUUGUCAGACAGAUGGUACCCAUCUGAUGUGGAUAGACAUUCCCCCAUGGCGGAACAUAUGCCCUCCUCACAUCAUUCUUCUGAAAUGAUGGGGUCGGAUACAAACUUAGACUCUGACCAAGGCCUUGGAGGGGUAAUGGUUCUCAGUCAGAGGCAGCACGAAAUCAUUUUGAAAGCUGCACAAGAACUGAAAAUGCUUCGGGAACAGAAAGAACAGCUUCAAAAGAUGAAAGACUUUGGGUCGGAUCCCCAGAUGCCUGACCAUCUGCCGCCCCAGGAUGCGAGGUUGCAGAACGCAUCUUCAAGGCCUGGAAUGUACCCGCCUCCAGGGUCCUAUAGACCACCCCCUCCUAUGGGUAAACCACCAGGUUCAAUUGUGAGGCCUUCAGCUCCACCGGCAAGAUCAUCUGUUCCUGUGACCAGGCCGCCUAUCCCAAUACCACCACCACCACCGCCACUUCCUCCGCCUCCACCUCCUCCUCCAGUGAUAAAGCCACAAACUUCAGCUGUGGAACAGGAACGCUGGGAUGAAGAUUCUUUCUAUGGUCUCUGGGAUACAAAUGAUGAACAAGGACUGAAUUCAGAAUUUAAACCAGAAACUGGAACAAUUCCAUCUGCUCCAGUGUUACCACCCCCACAUGUUCACCCUUCCAUUCCCCCUCCUGGCCCAUUGCCUAUGGGUAUGCCACCAAUGUCCAAACCACCACCAGUGCAGCAGACUGUUGAUUAUGGCCAUGGCCGAGAUAUGUCCACUAAUAAAGUUGAACAGAUACCCUACGGAGAAAGAAUAACCUUGCGCCCAGAUCCACUACCUGAAAGAUCAACGUUUGAGACAGAGCACACAGGCCAACGUGACCGUUAUGAUAGAGACAGAGACCGUGAGCCUUAUUUUGAUCGUCAGAGUAAUGUCAUGGCAGAUCAUCGAGAUUUCAAAAGGGAUCGGGAGACACACAGAGACCGAGACCGGGAUCGGGGUGUGAUUGACUAUGACCGGGAUCGAUUUGAUAGAGAACGCCGACCUCGAGAUGAUAGGACUCAGUCAUAUCGAGACAAAAAAGACCAUUCCUCAUCCAGAAGAGGGGGAUUUGAUAGGCCAUCCUAUGACCGAAAGUCUGACCGACCAGCCUAUGAAGGACCAUCCAUGUUUGGAGGAGAACGAAGAACCUACCCAGAGGAGCGAAUGCCCCUGCCAACUCCUUCACUAAGCCACCAGCCACCUCCAGCUCCACGGGUCGAGAAGAAACCCGAAUCUAAGAAUGUGGAUGAUAUUUUGAAACCACCUGGCCGAGAGAGCAGACCUGAGAGAAUUGUUGUUAUAAUGAGAGGAUUGCCUGGCAGUGGAAAGACACAUGUUGCAAAACUUAUUCGAGAUAAAGAGGUAGAAUUUGGAGGACCUGCACCCAGAGUUCUAAGCUUAGAUGAUUACUUCAUCACUGAAGUGGAAAAAGAAGAAAAAGACCCAGAUUCUGGAAAGAAAGUGAAAAAGAAGGUCAUGGAAUAUGAAUAUGAAGCUGAGAUGGAGGAGACCUACCGCACCAGCAUGUUCAAAACUUUCAAAAAGACUCUGGAUGAUGGCUUUUUCCCCUUUAUCAUCCUGGAUGCCAUCAAUGACAGAGUUAGACAUUUUGACCAGUUUUGGAGUGCAGCAAAAACCAAGGGUUUUGAGGUAUAUUUAGCUGAAAUGAGUGCAGAUAACCAGACUUGUGGCAAAAGAAAUAUUCAUGGAAGAAAACUUAAAGAAAUAAAUAAGAUGGCUGACCACUGGGAAACUGCACCUCGUCAUAUGAUGCGUCUGGACAUUCGUUCUCUGCUGCAAGAUGCUGCUAUUGAAGAGGUAGAGAUGGAAGAUUUUGAUGCAAAUAUCGAAGAACAGAAGGAAGAAAAGAAAGAUGCAGAGGAAGAGGAAAGCGAACUGGGUUACAUUCCGAAAAGCAAAUGGGAGAUGGACACAUCUGAGGCCAAGCUAGACAAGUUGGAUGGCUUGAGAACUGGUACUAAAAGGAAGCGUGACUGGGAAGCAAUUGCCAGCAGAAUGGAGGACUAUCUUCAGCUCCCUGAUGAUUAUGACACUCGUGCUUCUGAACCUGGGAAGAAGAGAGUAAGAGACUUUGUCAAUAAUUGCCAUUAGAUGAAGGGCUGUUUC